UUUACAUAUCAAGGUUUUAUUGGCGCAAGUUUUAUCCAAUUUGAAAUGAAUUGUAAAAUAUUUAAUGCUUUCGAAGGAUGCAUGGGAGAGAUUGCUUAUCGGCGUCCAACGCUACACGACUUGGACACGGAGGUAUUUGCCAAUGAUGCACCCUUAAGCAAAUCACUAACAGAGAUUUCUGGUCCGGCUGAAGCAGGCAAAAGCAUGUUACUUUGGCGCUUAAUGGCCCGAUGUCUUGCACCAACUUAUUUUGGCGGUCGUAAUUGCGAUAUAAUUUUUAUUGAUCUGCGGCAUAAAUUCGAUAUUGAACACUUUCAAAAGCAAAUCAGGCGUAUGGUGGUAUCUUCGACGGAGCAGCACACUGCUACUGAAUUGGAGGAAGUGGUAGAAAAGUGUCUGGAUUCAAUACAUUGGUUGAGUUGUUAUAGUUCGAAUCAUUUUGAUGCAGCUUUGGAAACGGCAGACAUAUUGCUAAUGAAACAUCCUGAUUGUGCUUUGAUAGCAAUUGAUGGGUUGGAUGCUUUCUAUUGGUUGGAUACAUAUGCACGUCGAAUACGUAUGCAAACGCAUUAUUCGCGGAAUGUGGAUCGCCUGCGUAGUUUGUGUGAUCGGCAUAGUGUCUGCUGUGCGUAUACUGUUGAUACAAACUACAUAAAUGCAAAACGUGCGAAGGGAACUGAUGCCAAUGCUCUUGGUCAUCCUCCAUUGCCGACAAAUGUUAAAGUUGAACACAGACUUCACCUAGAGCUUCGAAAGAAUGGCGAGCGGUUACUCAAUGAAAGGCUGGUUGAUAUAAAAGAUGAUGGCUUGUACUUUUUAAAUUUGCCGUAAUAAGAUCGUCAUUUUAAUUAAGCUGUCUGUUGCGCAAAGUACAAAAAUCAACCAUCUAUACAUACAUACAUACUUGUACAUUAUUUAUAAAUACUGCAGAGCAC